AUGGGUUCUACUGUCUCUCUUCCGCAAGCAACAGCGAAUUCUGUAAGUUUGGGUACACCAACAAUGGUCGAGACAAGAGUCUCUUCUUCGUUUAUUGAAUCCUCCAUCAUAAUAAGGUGUCCAUUUACUGGCCGUGAAUGGCUCGCACUGAUGCCGGGUGGCUAUUCUGGCCCAUUGAUCAUCUACGAUGGACCCAGCAAUCAGUAUGCCCCAAUGGUAGUAGUCAAUCACAUGGACCAUUACCGUACACAAUUCUCUAUUGAAUUGCCGCCUUCUCCAGCUGAGUAUCGAAAUGCAAGUACAGAGGUGUUCAACUGGUAUGACAAGUUCUUCAAGAAUGACAUCUAUUGGUUUGACUUCCCCACACAGUAUAGAGGUAUGCCAGAACGAUUUGAAUGGCGUAGAUCUAGCGGCCAAGAGGUGGUACAACUGGGACGUUUAGACUGGCUAUCUAAGGGCUGGAAGUUGGUGAGGGCUCCACCUGAACAGCCUAACGUCAAGCUCCAUCGAGACUCGAGGAAAUCUGGUAUUUCCAGUGAUGGUGGUGAGAUAGUUGGUGUGUGGAUCUCGAGACACAGUCUAUCUAAAUCUGGACAUUUUGAGCUUAUGGGUUCAGGACUACAGAUGGGACAAUCUUUUAGGUUGAUGGCUAUGGCAUCUGCUUUGACAAUUGAGGCCAAUGUGAUGAGAAUCGAGAGACAAAGACGUAACAAUCGUCUGGCAAAUAUGAACUUUCGCUGA